UCUACGUCAUCAAUUUUUUUUUUCCUGAUCCGCAUAAGAAAAAGUAACUCAACCCCACUCCCUCCGAAGAGUGUUCACACAAACAACGCAGCACCGAAGAUUCCAUCACUCUUCUUCUUUCUUCCUUUGUCCCCCUCAUAUCCAUAGAAUACGCACCAUGUUCAGAGCUAUCCGCCCCUCUGCUGCCCUUUACCGCUCCGCGGUCCUCUACAAGGCCCCCGCUGUCGCCGCCCUUCCCCGCAGCGCCAUGGCCCUGAACUUUGCUCGCUCUUAUGCCUCGGCCGGUCUUGCCCGCUCCGACAUUGAGAAGCGUGUCUUGGAUAUCUUGUCCGGAUUCAACAAGAUCGACCAGAACAAGGUCUCUCUCCAGGCCAACUUCAACAACGAUUUGAAGCUGGACUCUUUGGACACUGUCGAGGUCGUCAUGGCCAUCGAGGAGGAGUUCUCGAUCGAGAUCCCCGAUAAGGAUGCUGAUGAGAUCAAGUCUGCUGCCCAGGCUGUCGACUACAUUUCCAAGCGCGAUGAUGCCCACUAAAUUGCACAUACAUCCUUUCAUUUUCUGUCUCUCUCUCUCGACUCUUUUCUCUCCCUUUCGCCUUACACUUUUGCCCAUCGAUAGUACCAUAUUGUCCUUUUUCUCUCCUUGUGCAAAAAACUUGAAAUAUACUACAACACAAAGUGCUUAAGAUCGUUCAAUCGUUUUGAUAUGGUGAAAGGACAUUGGAAG